AUGGCAUCUUUUGAGGAAAAGCUUGAACAGGCCUGCCAGGCUAAUGACCUCCCUAAUGCCGUCCUGAUAUCUUCCAACAAGGACGGUAGCUUCAAAUAUGAACGGGUCUUCGGCAAACGCUCUCUGCUUGAGGGCGGCGAUCAGGGCCCCUUGGACGCGGACGCUGUGAUGUGGGUUGCGUCUUGCACCAAACUCAUGACCAGCGUCGCUGCUAUGCAGUGCGUGGAGCGCGGCCAGCUCUCUCUCGAAGCUCCUGUCUACGACCUUCUUCCUGAGCUCCGUGACUUGGAAAUCCUCGAGAGCAUCGACGACAACGGCAACAUCAAAACGAGAAAGAACCCCACGCCAAUCACGCUGAGACACCUCCUCACGCACUCGUCGGGCAUCGGCUACGACGAGAUGCACCCGAUCCUCAUGGCGUGGCGCAAAGCCAGCGGCACCAAGCCCGGCGGCAAGACGGUCGAGGAGCGCUUCACGUACCCGCUCCUGUUCGAGCCGGGCACGUCGUGGAUGUACGGCGCGAGCACCGACUGGGCGGGCAAGCUGAUCGAGCGCGCGACGGGCACGCGGCUGGAGGCGUACAUGCAGCAGCACCUGUGGGCGCCGCUGGGCAUCACCGACAUGACGUUCCACCUGCGCUCGCGGCCGGACCUGGAGGCGCGCAUGACGGACCUGAGCGGUCGCCCGCAGCCCGACGCCAAAUGCGUGCACAUGCGCUCGCCCUUCCUCUUCCCGGACAUGGUCGACGACCUCGGCGGCCAGGGCGUCUACACGACCGCCCGCGAGCUGUUCAAGUUCGUGCACGCGCUGUUACUAGACGACGAGCGCCUGCUCAAGCGCGCCUCGCUCGACCGCCUCUUCAGCCCGCACCUCGACCCGCCCGCCCGCGCCUCGCUGAACGACAUCAUGAAGGCCCCCGCCGACCGCCGCACCGUGCCCGCCGCCGGCUACGCGCCCGAGACCGUCAUCGACUGGGGCCUCGCCGGCUUGGUCGUCACCAACGACGUCCCCGGCUGGACCCGCGCCGGCACCCUGCUGUGGUCCGGCUUGCCCAACGUGAACUGGUGGGUCGAUCGGAAGGCCGGUCUGGCCGUCUUGUACGCGAGCCAGCUCUUCCCGCCUGCCGACCCGAAGACGGUCGAGAUGCAGGAGCUGUACGCGAGGGAGAUGUACAAGAGGUACGGCGUUGAGCGGGAGCAGAAGCUUUAG